GAGUGGAUGGUGAGGAGGGAUGGUGGACAAGGCGAGGCCGCGGCACCAGGACGAGGAGUCACCACAGCACUGAUGGAUGUGGUGCCUCUGAUCCUCCUUCCUGCUGCUGCUGCUGCUGCUGCUGCUGCUGGGUGUCUAUUGACGAAGAUCACCACGCAGAGGCCUCUCACCACUACUACACCACACAUACACCUCACUACACUUACUCCCUCCAAACAAUUACAACACCACCACCACAUACACCACACCACACACCGCCAUACACCACCAAAGCUACAUCACAAUAAACAGCGAUUCUUCCACCACUAUCACCACACACACACACACACACACACACACACACACACACACCACAAACAUUUAUACCACCACAGCUACACCACAAUACAAAACAAGCCAUUAACAUCAUCAAAACCUCAUUAUCACCACCAUACACAAACACAUUGAGAAUACAAAACACCAAAAGUUAUCAACACCGGAGGGAGAAGAACUAUUACGACCACCACCACUACCACCACCACCACCACCACCACCACCACCACCACCAGCGCCUCCUGAGCCAUGGACGGAGAGAACAGAAUAAUCCUAAACGUCGGAGGAAUAAGAUUCGAGACAUACAAGGCAACACUGAAGAAGAUCCCGGCCACCAGACUCUCCCGCCUGACGGAGGCGCUGGCGAACUAUGACCCGGUGCUAAAUGAGUACUUCUUCGACCGGCAUCCGGGAGUGUUUGCCCAGAUUCUCAACUACUACAGAACGGGCAAGCUGCACUACCCGACCAAUGUUUGUGGCCCGCUUUUCGAAGAGGAGCUGGAGUUCUGGGGACUGGAUUCGAACCAAGUGGAGCCGUGUUGCUGGAUGACGUACACGAUACACCGGGACACGCAGGCGACUCUGGCCAUCCUCGACAAGCUGGACGUGGACACCGAUCAGCCGUCAGAGGAGGAGAUCGCCCGCAAGUUUGGCUACGAGGAGGAUUACCUCAGCGGGCGCAUGUCGUGGUGGCAGAGGACCAGACCCAAAGUAUGGGCGCUCUUCGACGAACCUUACUCCUCUUGGAUGGCUAAGCAGGUGAUCGCCAUGCUGUCAGUCUUCUUCAUCGUGGUCUCCAUCCUGUCCUUCUGCCUCAAGACGCACCCCAAUAUGCGUGUACCGGUCAUCGUGAACGUGACAGUCAGAUCCGUAGACAGAAACGGCUCUGUCGCGUCCAGCUGGUACCUCAACAAAGACAGGACGGAUCCCCACGCUGCCUUCUUUUACGUGGAGGCAGCGUGCAAUGCGUGGUUCACCUUCGAGAUCCUAAUGCGCUUCACAGUCACGCCGAUGAAGCUCGAGUUUGUCAAGAAUACCAUCAACAUCAUCGACUUUGUGGCCACCCUCUCCUUCUACAUGGAUAUUAUUCUCAACUACACUCAGUUUGCGGGCAACGAGGACAACGCAGGAAAGGCGGCGGAGGUCAUUGAGUUUUUCAGCAUCAUAAGGAUCCUGCGACUGUUCAAGCUGACAAGACACUCGGGCGGGCUCAAGAUUCUUAUCCACACCUUCAAGGCCUCGGCGAAGGAACUCACCCUCCUCGUCUUCUUCCUCGUCUUGGGCAUCGUCAUCUUCGCCAGUCUUGUCUACUACGCCGAGAGGUUACAGGCCAAUCCUCACAACGACUUCAAGAGCAUUCCUGAGGGGCUGUGGUGGGCUAUCGUGACCAUGACCACGGUGGGGUACGGGGAUAUGGUGCCUAAGACGUACGUGGGCAUGUUCGUGGGCGCGUUGUGUGCCCUGGCUGGCGUGCUCACCAUUUCCCUGCCCGUGCCUGUCAUCGUGUCCAAUUUCUCGAUGUUCUAUAGCCAUACUCAGGCUCGCUCUAAGCUUCCCAAGAAGAGGCGUCGAGUGUUGCCGGUGGAGCAACCGAGGAGAGCAGCGCGCCAGGCGAGGCCAGAGGGCGGCUUGAACCGCAGAAUGAACGCCAUUAAGCACCACCACCCCGGCCUGAAGGAUGGCCUCACACCCAAGUUGUCGGGUGCCAUGGACAACCUCCUCGCAGGCACGCUGAACGGGUAUGGGCAGGUGGGUGGGAUUAAGGCCCUCAGCUUGUAUGCCACAGGUCAGAGUGGACUCACGCUCCCCCUCCAAGCCCGCCCCGCCCCGGGCUCUGAGGUGUGGCCCAGCUCUGCCUCGCCCCUCCUGCCGCAGGUCCGGGAGCCCGCAGGCUGUGACUCCUACUACAGCAGCUCCCCGACGCCCCUCCACCCUCCUGUGCUGGACCCGGCGGCGCUCGGCAAGCAAACUAAAGGGGACAAGGAAUCACCUGGUCUCCUGCAGCCCCGCUCAGCCACCUUCAGCCUUGGCUCUGGGCCUCCACGCCGUACCUCCUCGGGCUCCGUGCUGGCGCUGCGUGGCAUAGCCUCCCUAACUGAGACGCUAGCCUCCCCAGGGGCCUAUUUGGCCUCCACGUUGGGCCUUAUGGCCUCCUCCUGCUCUGAUCCGUCCGUCGCCAACACCAGUCAGUCAGCAGACGCCAGCAAAGCCUUCACUAGCCAGCAGGAACGACCGGCGCCCCCUGCACCCUCACCAACCAGCCUCCUCAUGGACGCCCACGCCACCCUAGGGCUGAUGGGCCUGGUGCUGCCACGGGGAAGCUCCCCUGAUGUGGGUGGGAUCGCGACAGAACGCCCACGAAGUCCUAGCCUCAUCGUGACCACCCAAAACAACAAUAAUAACAAUAACACCAGAAGCCUUGCAGAGGGAGAAGGGGAGGGCGGCAGGAGAUCAGAAGGAGAACCCAAGCCUCCACCUAUUCAUAUCGAACUCGCAGACUCCCCGCCACACCACCUGCAGGCCGCCCCUCAGUCCCAGUUCAGCCUCGUCGUCCCACGCAGGUCGUCGGGGCCAGCAAUACCGGAGGCGGACAUUCUCUGAGCCGCCACUAACAACGACCCGUGGCCUCCAAAGCUGUCCAUUAGGAGGUCGUGUGUCGAUAAGCGUCUGUGUGGUCGUCUCGCUUAGUGUAGUGUUGAGAAUGACGAGACGAGUGCCACCAAUACCACCGCCACGAUUACUGCACUGCUUCAUACCUCACGUCAAUUUGGUGGGGUGAGGAUCGUCCUCGCUCCAUGACGCGCCUGUACACGCUCAAUCGUCCUGGUCGAAAGUAGUAGUGGUUAAGGCCCCUUUCUUGAGCCUCCCAGCCAGCCAGCCUCCUUGUAAGUGCCAUGUGACGGCUGGGUGAGGAGAGAAAAAGGGCCAACACGAAGUAGCUCCGACAUUCCGGCCUCAAAAUAAAACUAUUGACCUCACGACCUCAAACUUACGAAACCCCGUGUAAAAAAAUAAAUAAAUAAUGCGUGAAAAAAGGAAAGCCUUAUAACAUUUAUAUAACUUUAAGAGCCACCUUUUUGUAGGGGCUAAAAAAAACACUAGUGAGAGGAGGAAGAGAAAGACGGUGAAAAGGAAGAGAGGAGAAGGGGAAGGAGGUGAUAAGGAUAUUUGAGAUGACGAGGAACUGUGAGAAGAAAAAGAAGUAAAGGAAAAAGAUGAAGAUGGCGGAGGUUAUGAGGACAAGGAUGGAGACAAGGGAAGUAUGAGGAGGUAGAUGAAAGUAAAGCAACGAAUAUGUUGGAGAAUGUUAGGAUGAAGAAAGAGAAUAUAUGGAAGAGAAGAAUAGAGAAGACAACUAGACGGCACAGAACAUCAAAAAAAAAUAUUGUCUCGUCAACUUCAGUGUCUCAAAAUGGAUCAAUCAAACAAAGCCAAACAAAUGAAAACGAAAAGAAAAGAAAAAUAAAGUUCCCCUAAAUCUUACACUUCCUCCCCUAACAAAAAAAAAACUUCCUAAAGUGAGAAAAACAUACAUAUUAUAUUUUUUGCUGUACAGCCAUAAUAACAAUGGUAAUAUCCCAGGUGUUGUGUGUCCCGAGCUCCAAAGAAACAAGAUAAAAGAGGAAGAAGAAAAAGGAGCUGCGAGAAUGUUGCGAUGAUGCUGUUGCUGCUUUUCCUCUGUAGUCAUUUACAUUCCUUUGUUUACCUUACCUUUGCAACCUCCCUCCGGCCACACACACACACACACACACACACACACACACACACACACACACACACACACACACACACACACACACACACACACACAGCGGAUAAUACUUUAAUUUCUUUUCUUUGCGUUGAUUCGACAAAAGAUACAAAGUUCAUCCCAUAAAUAAGACACUUUGGCAAGAAUUGAAUUUUUUUCAUGCUGAGAGAGAGAGAGAGAGAGAGAGAGAGAGAGAGUAGGGAAGAGGAUGGGGACAGUACUCAACAGUAAUAUAUUUUCCAAUUUAUUCCUUUAUGGCCGAAUAGAAGUAGUUUCGUACAAAAGAAAAUCUACAUCCACCAAGAAAUUGAUUUUUUUCCCUUCUCUCUCUCUCUCUCUCUCUCUCUCUCUCUCUCUCUCUCUCUCUCUCUCUCUCUCUCUCUCUCUCUCUCUGGGAGCAGAUUGUGGCGAAGAAUGGUAUUUCUCUUAUGUGGAAACUUCUGGGGCUCAGCGAGGGACUUUGGCGUUGUUAAAUUGAAU